CGUGUAUAAAAGUCAAGGUACUUGUAUCAGAGAACACCAUCAAAUUUCAGCCAUGAAAUUCACUUCACUCACCACUAUGAUCAUCACUGCUGCAGCAAUGGCUGGCGUAGUCAUCGCAUCCGGCGACGAGUUGACGAACGUACGAUGUACCCCUACCGCAGUGCAUGGAACAAUUAGCAUGAUACGUGCAGGAGCAAAAAUGCACGAGGAGAGACGACUUCGUGCCUUGGCGAAGGCAACUAUCAAGAUGGUCACUAUUUUACUUUUCCUCUACACGUUCGGGAACCCCAUUGACUACGCGCGGAUCCUGAGGAAAGGCGCCGUGGUCAUGAACAUCUGGAUGUUAUCCUCGAUCAGUCUGGUCACAUAUUGGAAAUUCAGCAAGCAGAACUCACCAGAGGGCAGUGUUUCUGGUCACUUCCUGGAAUUGGGAUCGGCUCUGAAGGCUCGGAGAUCAGGGUCUGAGGUGGGUGGGGGAGGUGCAGAGAACGCCACUGAGGAAGAAGAAAGCACCAAGGAUGAAGAAGAGGAUGAUAAUGAGGGCGGAAUUAGUGUGUCGGCAUUACUGGGGCUAUCACUCCCUCGGUUUGAAGUUGAUGAUACUUCGAGCGCCACCUCUCAAGCUGGUGCCAGUCUAGUACUGCUGGAUAUCAACUAUGAAGAAGAGUCCGAGGCUGUCUUGUCUGUAGUGGCCGUGAAGUCACAUUCAUCAGGAAAUUACCUGGGUGGCACCGUUCAUAUUACUAAUUAGUAAUAGUACUGCGUACCUGUAUUGAACGAUUGAGAAAUGAGCAAGAACGGGCUGCUCG